AUGGAUAAUCGACAAAUUUGCGAAUUAUAUGAUAGAUGUCUACCAAUUCAAAGAGAAAAUGAAAAGAUUGAAAAGAACGACUGUAAUGACUGUACAGAUAUCAUUGACACAGUAAGGGCAUACUCAUGGUCUGCUACAAACUUUGAUUUUUCAUUUGAUAUCGAUCAAGAAAUUUAUAAACAAAGAGAUUCAAUUGAUUCUUUGAUAUCACGUAAUUUUGGAACAAGUUCUAUUUGUAAAACUUUAGGUUACUGCAGGCCAAAUCAUUCAGAACUUGAAUCUCUCGCAUUAGACAACAAAACAAAUACAACAGCUCGUCCAGUUAUAUAUAAUAAGAAAGGGAAAAGAAUAAAAGGUCCAACAAGAACCCCAAAGCCAGCUAAAACCCCUAGAAAUGAAGUAAAAGUUGUUGAUUACGAAUCUCUUUACAAAAACAAUAAAACAUUUUGGGGGCAAUGCUCAGCACCAAUUAAACAAUGCAGUAGAGGCUACAAUUGCUCAAGUUACUCAGGAUGUGCACAUCUUACGAUUUGCCACGCUUUCGGAGUCGGCUGUGUCAAUGUAAAUUGUUCGAAAUGUAAAGCGGUUCUGAAUUACAUGACAGGCGCCGGAAAGGAUAAUUUCACCAUCAGCAUGAUGUCGACGAUUUGGGAUGAUAUUUGCACAAACACACUUAGAAUGGAAGACAUGACAUGUGACAUGGCCAAAGCUAAUGAUUACCAAAUGAUCAAAAACUUUUUCAAUUUCUUUGCGACGAAAAUGUCUUCAAAUACAUUAUGUUACACUUCAAAAUUGUGUCCAUAA